GCCUCCGGUCCGCAGGCGCUUUUGCGGAACCGAAGAGGAAAAGCCGGACAUGUGAGCAUACCGUGACAGAGUUCGACUCUGACCGCAUUCAAGGAAAGACAGUCGGGGCUUUCCUCCAGUCACGCUACAGUCAAAAAUACAUCGCCAAAUAACAGUUUAGCUUCCCCUUGAACAUCGACCAAGAUGUACCGUUCCACUAAAGGAGCCUCGAAAGCUCGGAGAGACCAGAUAAACACAGAGAUAAGGAACCUGAGGGACUUGUUGCCCAUCUCCGAUGCGGACAAGGCACGCCUCUCCUAUCUACACAUCAUGUCCCUUGCGUGCAUAUACACGAGAAAAUCUGUCUUCUUCUGCCAAGAGGCAGCUGCAGCUGGCAGUGCUGAGGAAAGUGCAGGAUUCCUCUCAUUUCACGAGCUUUCUGAGCUGGUGCAAUCAAUGCCAGGUUUUCUUCUGUUACUGACUGCAGAAGGAAAGCUACUUUACCUGACGGACAGUGUCUCUGAGCACCUUGGACACUCAAUGGUAGAUUUGGUUGCCCAAGGGGACAGUGUGUAUGACAUAAUAGACCCUACAGACCAUGCUAUUAUGAGGAGUAACCUGGUACCUCCGACUUCCCCUGAUAUUGAUCGACUGUUCCGCUGUCGUUUCAACACCUCCAAGUCAGUGCGAAGACAGAGUGCUGGCAACAAGCUUGUUUUGAUUCGAGCUCGCUGCUUGCCACCAGUACCUGUCCCUUCCCCCCAAGGAUCCUACUGGACAUCCAAUCCAGUGUGGGUGUGCUUUUGUGCACCUCUGGAACCCCACCCACCCCGACCCAGCACCUCCACUGAACAACCUUUGACCCCAUCAUUGGACAGCAGUUUCCUCCUAGUGUGUUUUCACUCACAACACAGUCGUGACAUGAGACUGCAGGAUGCUCAGAAUAGUGUCAGUGUUUAUCUGGGUAUGGAUGUGGAGACUCUUCGCUCUCAUUCCUGGUACAGCCUACUGCAUCCACAGGACCUUUCACAUGCUUCAGCUCAGCAUCGCAGCCUUUUGAGAGAAGGAGGAGAAGGCAGAGCUGAAAUGGUAGUUCGUGUGGAGGCUGGGGAUCAUUCAUGGGUCUGGCUUUACAUGGUCCUACAGCUAGAGACUGGAGAAAACCCUAUCAGCAGCAACAAUUAUGUCAUAAGUGAGUCAGAGGCCUGGGCAGUGAGGCAACAACUGAGCUCUGAAGAAACCCAGCUCUCUGUGGUGCUGAGCAGUAGCACCUCCCAACAAGACACCCUCAGCUUGCAGAGUCCUGAUACACUCUCCAGUCCUGACCAAGUGUUCACACCUGGGAGCAGUGGUCUCUCGGGUCAGUCGUUUGACUUCAGCAUGGCAGUGUGUAGCACAGGCUCUACAGAGGAACAAGGUACAAGCUCUUCUAUUGAAGCGAUGCCACUGGAAAGUGGUCCACGCUCUAGUCUUUCGUCUCUGGAGGAAGAGACCUUGUUCCAGCAGCAACCCAGUGAAUCAAUGGACAGGCCUUCAGCUGCUUCAUCCCCUGACACAGUCGCCACUGUGUCAGAUUUGGACUUCCUCACUCAGAACAUUCUCCUGCCUCCUGCUUUUCAGGUAGAUCCUCCACUACCUGCACUGCCCCUUCCUUUACCCCCUGUGCCUACCUCCCAGGCCCAGCAGACUAAGGAGUUUGUGUGUACCCCUCCAUAUACACCUCAGCUAGGGAGCAGCAGCUUUCCCUUUGGGGAACCCCUCUUCAGUUUUGACCCCACUGGUGCCACCACACCUCCACCUCUUCCACCAACUGCAACAGUCACAACUACAGUAGCUCCCACUCUUUCUCCAUCUGCUCCCUCAAACCCUCAGGGCAGCCCUGCUCCUCCAACCACCACACUUUCCACCCUGGUGCCACUCACCCUGCCAGGUUUGUCUACAGAAAUUCUCUUCCCUUCAGAUCCUUGCAGUGGCUCACUCUAUGAGAAGCUUCCUCCAACCCCAGACAGUCCAGGUGAUGGGGACUGCACUGUUAUGAGCCUGCCUGAGGUUCGCGGUCCACUGUAUGUUGAUGUACCAUAUGGGCCACUCCCCUACCCACCUGAAGGCCUGCUCACACCUGAAACCUCACCUGGAAAACAACCAAGCCUGUCUUUCUUCUCGCUUGAGCAGGAGAGAGAAAAAGAAAGAACUGAAAUCUCCCUUUUAGCCCAUCACAUAAGCACACUAGCUGAGGGCUUCUACCUGGACCCUCUCCUCUCCAAGUUGUUACCCUCUCCUAUCUCUCCUCAACUUUCAUCUCCUUCGCCUGACUCAGAAGGACCAGAAACCAUCUCACUUCAGGGUGAAUUCUAUCCUGUCAAAUCCUGGAGAGGUCUGGACCUGCCCAUCUUCCCAGACGAUGACUCUCUGUUUGAAGAGAGUGUCUUAGAGACCAUCUUCCAAGAUCUCUCCUCACCAUCACUCUCUUCCACCCCUUCCUCUCCCUCCAGUCCUCCUUCUUCCCCACCAACUCCUGAGUGCUGGCAUCCACCCCUGUACUUUGACAGGGUCUCUACUAUGAGUGCCGGCCACUUCUGUAGCGUCCAAUCGGCGCACUCUAACCACGCGGCCGGGUGCGGGGCCACACUGUCGCCAGUCAACAAAGGUGACAUAGUGGAUGGGAAGGCGGCAGGCGAAGUUGCCAUGGAGACAGGGGUUGUGUCAUCACCACUGUCAACCAGUAUCCCGGCAUCUCCACCGCUGCGGCUGACAGCCUCGCCUGUCACUCCGGUGCCUGUCGACUCACCCGUCAGCCCCGCAUCGCCUGGUCUGCCCUGCGCCCAGUCCCUCCUCGAGGAGCUGGCCGCCUUGGAACCCAUGUUUGGGGCAGGUGCCUCGAUCGCCCCUGGCCUGGGGCAACAACCUGAGUUGUAUCAACUCCAAAGUCACCUGCCACAACAGUGCUUCCACAAAGGUAAGAACAAUGGGAGUGGAAGUGAUCCUCCGUUCUAA